GCGGCGGCGGCGCUGGCCGGGGGGCUGAGCUGGGGGGCGGCGGCGGCGCUGGGGUCGCCCCGCUUCGCCCGGGCCCACGCGCUCGCCCUCGCCGCCCUCGUGGCCAUGGGGCCGCUGCUGCGGGCCCACGCCGACCCCCACAGCCUGCUCGCCCGGCCCCACAACCUGCUGGAGGCGCGCCUGGUGUCCUCGGCGGGCGGCUGGACGGCGCUGCUGGCCGGGGGGCUGCUGGUGGCCGCCUGGCCCCUGGCGCGGCCGGGGGGCGGCCGCCGGGGGGCCCUGCUGCGGGCCGGGGGCCGCCUGGCCCCGCCGCGGGCGCCGGGCCGGGCCGCCGCGGGCCCAGGCGUCCGGGCGCUCUCGCCCGUGUGGCUGGGCGCCUACGACGACGCCCAGGGGCCCAGGCGUCCGGGCGCUCGGGGAGCAGGCGCCGAGGGCUGGCGGGAGGAUGAAGGGCCCAGGCGUCCGGGCACGGCGCUCUGCCUCCUCUUCCUCCUCAACGUGGGGCUGCUGCUGCUGUGGCACGGGCUGCUGGCGGCCACCUUGGCCUAUCGGCACGACUGGGCCGGCAACGCCGCCGGCGCCGCCCUGGGCUGGGCCGCCUGGGCCCUCACCUACCGCCUCUGGUACCGCUGCCCCUGCUCGCCCGGGCGCCCCGGCCUGGGGCUGCAGCCCCGCUGAGGGGCCCAGGCGGCCGGGAAGGGGCCCAGGCAUCCAGGAAGGGGCCCAGGCGUCCGGGAUGGGCCCUGGCGGCCGGGAGGGGCCCAGGCGUCCGGGAGGGGGCGAGCCGGCGGGCGACAGCGCGUGCCUGCGCGGCUGCCGGGGGGCCCAGGCGUCCGGGAGGGGGCCCAGGCGUCCGGGAUGGGCCCCGGCGUCCGGGAAGGGUGGGGGGGGGAUGUCGUGGGAACCCCCGAAGGCCGAGGGCACCCGGGUAGCUGAGAGGGGGCCCAGGCGUCCUGGAGGGUGUCCCAGGACUCCCUGAAAACCCCGCCCCCCUCCCCGGGGAGGGGCCCAGGCGUCCGGGUUGAGGGGGGAGGGCGCUGCCCCUCCCCCCCGCACGUAGGGGGGACCCCGGUAAUAAAGCGUGUGUUUUGGGGUGAAACGACA